AUGAAAACAAUUCGUUCAUCAUCUUUAUCCUUUAUCAAUAAACUUCGUUCCACAUUACCAUCAUCAUCGCCACUAUCAUUAUUAUCAUCGUUAACAUCAUCAUCAUCAUCAUCAUAUUAUGAUCAUAAUAAUCAUUGUCAUCAUUCCUCAACAUUAUCAUCAACAUUUUACAUUCAACGAUUUCAAUCUAUCAACAUAACAGAUUAUAAUGAUUCAAAGACUAGGAGCAUAACACAUAAUAGAUUGCAACAAUCCGAUGAAAAUGUAUGCAAUGAUGACGGAUUACCCAUUCAGUCCUAUCGUCAUUCAACAUUUCGACCGUAUCCGAUACCGCAGGAGGAUGAAAAUUCUUUCCGGCCAUGUCGUUCACAUGAAAGCCUAUUAGCUUACUCAUCUGCUACACAUAUGAUCGAUUUAGAUGAAGCACAAAAACAAAUUCAUCCAUCAGUUGUUGAUGCAUCGAAUUGUUUCAAAAUGGAAAAUACCUAUUAUGGUUGUCGUAAUUCUCGUGAACGGAAUAGAUGGGUCGAAAG